AUGUCAGAUAGAGCAGCCAGCACUAUUCCCCCAACACCACCACCUUCAAACGCCGCAGAUAUCCAAGAUGGUUUUGGACACUUGAUCCAACAUAAUUCUUCCUUCCAACACCAAUCGAACUCAUUUGAGGGAGGAGGAAGUCAGAUGUCGCCGAGUGGAUCACCAGUACAAGGCUUGGAUGACACAUUAUACAGCAAUGGCGUUUACCAAUACGGCAACGGCCAAGAGAUCUUCCAAUAUGGCCUGUCGCCAAACAUUGUGGUCGGACCUGAAUAUGAAAACUUGCAGUAUGACAUGAAACAAGAGAACUCUCGUUAUGCGCCGGUAACAGAUGAUCCACAACUCUACGGAUAUAGGAGCCACGAAGCGUCUCCAGCGCCGUCGGCGAUGUCUCCUCCACUGAAUGUGAGGCGCACCAGAAGUGGACAGGCUAUUAAUCGAGCGAUCCAACAGUUGAAGCCAUCGCCAAAGCCGACUGCUCGGGCGGCAUCGCCAAAGCCAAAGGCCAAGAAGGUCAAGAAGGAGAAGAAAGCCAAGGCGGAGAAUAAAAUAGCCAGAUUGGAACAGCCUCUCAGCGUACUGACGAGAGAGUGGACCCACGUGCCAGUGGUUGAUAUUGAUGCGUACGUGAACCGAUCAGCAGAGAUCAGGCGGCAGGAAGUCGAGGAGGGAAAGAACCCGGGAAAAGUCAAGAGACCGAUGAACUCUUUCAUGUUGUACCGGAAAGCAUACCAAAACCGAACGAAGAACUGGUGUCUGCAAAACAAUCACCAAGUCGUUUCCCAAGUCUGCGGCGACAGCUGGCCGCUGGAGCCAGACAGCGUCCGCGCGCAAUUCAACGAAUGGGCUAGAAUCGAGCGACAGAACCAUCAAAAUGCCCAUCCAGGAUACAAGUUCUCGCCCGCGAAAGCCGGAACAGCCAAGGUGCCGAAGAGAAAGGUGUCGGUGUCGGAUGAAGAAUCGGGGCUCGAGGAAUACGAUUGGAAGGAAGACUGUAGCAGCAGCACCAGGGUGAAGCGCCAGAGGCUGACUCCCAAACCAAGUCACACUCCUCCUGCAAAAUUCCAAACUCAGCCAUACUAUGGAUUCGAUAUCAAUUCGAGGGGCAGUAGCAUGGAGCCAGGGAUGGGUGGCAAUUUUCCAAGUUCAGCGUACCACGCAUCCAACCCAGGAAGGCAUGUGCCAGAGCCGUACAGGCCGAAUAUCCCCGACGGACAGUACUGGCAGCAAGAGGUCGUGCCAAACAUGCAAAACCCCAACAUCCAUGAUGUGAUAUUGAGAAGGACAAGGGGUCCUCGCAUGAAUGCUGCGCCGCAUCCAGGCUAUCAGCAAGAGUAUUACCCACCCAAUGGCGCCAUGAAUGGUGGAAUUCCUCAGCAUUCCUUCAAUGAACACAAUGGAACCAUGAAUGGUGGAACUCUUCACCAUUCCUUCAAUGGGUACCAAGACGAGCAAGAGAACAAGAUUGACCCUUCGCUCAUGGGCCACGACCAGCCCUAUGACAACUUAUACACCGCCGAUGAUAAUGAAGUAUUCUUGGAUAAUAACGGGCUCAUGUUCAACCAGCAAUACUAUCAGCAACCACUCGGAAUCGCUGAUGGAGGCCAGCAGCCUUUGCAGCACCAGCCUUCGCAGCACCAGCAGCUAGCAGUUGUCGACGGAAAUCAGCAACCUUUGCAGCAACUACUGGAAAUAGUCACAGAUGGAGUGAAACAGGAGUACCCAGAGUACCCAGAGUAUCCGGGAUCGCAAACUGGCAUUCCUGAUACACCAAUCUUAAACCAGCAGCUGGAUGAUCCGAACAGCCAGGACGUGUGGCAUAUCGUCGAUAGCUUGGAUACCGGAGACGAGUUCAAUAAGUGGGUGGGUCCAGAAUCAGAGCAAGAAGACUUGAUGUGAAUAUUUUGAUUGUUUAAGCGGGAGGAAUCAUCAUGGCGUCUGUACGUCUGUAUCAAUGGGAAGAACACUCUGGAACUAUCGUGGCGUCUUCAUCAUUUGGGAGGACACUCUGGAACUACCAAGGCGUCUUUAUUCUUGGGAGGGGGGACUGAAACCAUCAAGGCGUCUUUAUUGUUGGGUAGGAGACACUGAAACCAUGAAGGCGUCUUCAUUAUUGGGAAGAAUGCACUGGAACUAAAGGCGUCUUCAUUAUUGGGGAGGGCGCACUAGAACUAUCAAGGCGUCCUUAUUAUUGGGAGGAUUCACUGGAAUCAUUGAAGCGUCUUUACCAUGGGGGAGGAUUCACUGGAAUCAUCGAAGAGUCUUCAUUUUUGGGAUGAUCUGAUUUGAUACUCCAUAGACGGGCGACUUGGAAAUAUCAUCACGGUUCCGGCGAGACGUAGAUAGGGUUUUUGUAAAUGGAUUUGUAAAGCCAAUUGAAAGAAAUUUGAAAUGAUGCUCUUAAAAUUGCACCUGUGAGACGCUGCACUUGCACGAGAAACUAGAAAUCAUUUUCCAGUUAAGUAUUCAUCAUUCGGGCAAUGGCUUUGGAGGGCCUCGGCUCACCGAGGAUAAUGAAAACUUUUCAUGAAUAACACCCAUUAAUAAAAUAUGAGACCGUGGCUAACCACUUUAAGUUCCCAUUCUUCAUCGUGUAUUGCGGUUGCUUACGAUGCUCUCGGCAAGUAUGUUGGCGAGAAUGUCGUUAGAACAGAGUCUUGUGGAAAAAGCGCGAUUGGCGCAUUCAAGCGAC